CACCUCACUUACUAGUCGAAUACACGCCCACCGCUUCAUACAAUGGUGGCGUUGAUUCACACAUUAGAAGACGACGAUGAGUUCUUGGCCUUGCACGGGGAGGAGAGUAGCGAUUCUGAAUCGGAAACAAAGAGCAAGAAGAAACAAGCAAAGAAUAAAAAGGUAGCAAAAGGCGAAGAGGCAUGGAACGACGACUUUGCAUUCCGUCCGGAGGACAAUGCUUUUGCCGUCACAAGUCAGAGCUUAGGAGAGAAACGUAUGAUGAACUACAUGCAAACGAAACGAUCAACCAUAGCUGCUGAGGGUGGUUCCGAUUAUGACAAUCCCUCUGAUGCGGAUAGCGACAGUGACGAAAUUUCCGAUGAAGAGGAGGAUGUUGUGGAGGGUCAGGGCACCACAAAAGAGGUCAAGAGUACAAAGAAAGUCCAGAGCAAGAAACCUGCGGUGACUCAAGAAGUGAGUGAGGCUAAGCCUGAGCAUCACUUCAGUGAUUCUGAGGAGGAGGAAAGUGAAAGUGAUAGCGACGACGAUACCAAUGGAACGAAGGAUCAUGAGUCUGUGCAAUCUGGUUCCAGCCAGCAGAAGAAGUCUAAGAAGGACAGUUUCUUCUCCAAAGCACCAGAGUUGGCCAGUGUUAUUGAUUUUCAAGAUAUGAAUUUGUCCAGACAUCUUCUGCGCGCCGUGACCUCUAUCGGAUAUGUCACACCCACUCCAAUUCAAUCGAAAGUCAUCCCUUUGGCGCUUAUGGCAAAGGAUAUCUGUGCCUGUGCGAGUACUGGUUCGGGUAAAACGGCCGCCUUCAUGCUUCCUGUGCUCGAGCGUCUGAUGUAUCGCCCCCGCAACAACCCCGCCACACGCGUGUUAGUGCUGGAGCCCACCCGUGAAUUAGCGGCGCAGUGUCGUGAUGUUGCCGUAAAGCUAGCACAGUUCACGGACGUUACCUUCAGUUUGAUUGUUGGAGGUGUGGCUGAUAAGAGUCAGAAAGUGGAGCUGCGCAACAGACCGGAUGUGAUCAUUGCCACCCCAGGGCGAUUGAUUGACCACGUGCACAACACUCAGAGUUUCGAUCUGCAGAGUAUCGAAGUGUUGAUCAUGGACGAGGCUGAUCGUCUUCUCGAGCUUGGUUUCCGUGACGAAGUUGAUGAGAUUGUGCGCAAAUGCCCUAAGGGCCGACAAACCAUGUUGAUUUCCGCCACCAUGACCGACGAAGUUGACCAGUUGGCUAACUUGUCGCUACACCAGCCUAUCCGCCUCUUUAUCGACAAGAAUACAGACACGGCUGAUAACCUUAUACAAGAGUUCAUCCGUGUGCGUAAGGCUAAGGAGGGAGAUCGAGACGCUAUCUUACUAGCACUGUGUAAGCGCUCGUUCAAGACCAAGACCAUCAUCUUUUUCCGGUCGAAGGCCGCUGCUCACCGCAUGAAGGUUAUAUUCGAUCUUGUUGGUAUUUCAGGUGCCGAACUACACGGUAAUCUCACUCAGCUCCAACGAUUGGAGUCUCUAGACAAAUUUAAGCAUGGUGAAGUGGACUUUUUGCUUGCUACGGACCUUGCGGGACGAGGUCUAGAUAUCGUGGGAGUGGAUGUCGUCAUCAACUUCACAAUGCCUCACAACUUGACACAAUACAUCCAUCGUGUGGGGCGUACGGCCCGUGCUGGGCGCAAGGGUCGCGCCGUGACACUCGUCGGUGAGGGCGAGCGUGCGCUGCUCAAGGAGGUUGUAAACAGCGCCAAAGUGGGUGUACUCAGUCGGGUGGUGCCGGCCACUGUGGUGGACAAGUACCGUGCGCGUGUGCAGAAGAUGUCUGAGAGCAUUAAGGAGGUGAUGUUGCGUGAGAAGGAGGAACGAAUGAUGGAUGUGGCCGAGCGCGACGCGAACAAGGCGCAGAAUCUGAUCAAGCACGAGACCGAAAUCUUCUCACGGCCUGCACGCCAGUGGUUCCAGACCAUGGCUGGCAAACAGGCGAGUAAGGAACAGGGUAAGAAGGCGUACGAGGGACGUGAGAGUGAGGACGAUGACGAACCUGAGGCGGAGAGUGCUGCACACCACACGAGGACAGAUAGUGUAAAGGUGCCGUUGGGUGAUAUGAGUGAUCUGAAGGAUAUUGAGAAACGCACAGGGGCUAAUCGGGCACAGAAGCGCAAGAUGGCAGCGAGUAUGGACGAGGAUGGCAUGCAUGUAGGGCUCAUGGGCAAGGCGGUGCGAGACGCGAAGAAACAGAAGCGAACACCCAGGCUGACGAUGUAUGAAGAGGAGGUGGCGACGAAGAACAAGAGGCAACAGGGCAAGAAUGCAAAGACUUGGAGGACUGUUGGGUUUGAAAAUGACCUCACGGACACGAGUAAGAAGAAUGUACAGGCUCUCAGGAGCUCUGGGUCCGCGAUCAGUGAUCACGGCGCGAGAAAACUGUCGAAACGGGAUGCGGAUACGAAGAAGGCGUCGGACAAGAGUGAAAAGCAACGCAGACUUAAGGAGUUGCGCUCGACUAAGGGUAAUAAGCAAUUCAAGUCGAAGAAGAAACACAAGAGACGAUAGAUUGUACGCAAAAGGUGCAGAGAUGAGCGUAGGAUAACCGGUGUAUAUAGCAGCGCUGCUGCAAAAUGAAGCAAUAAAAUCGUAUAUGUGAAACAAUGGUGCAACUGCUAAAUAAAAUAGAUCGUCUCAUGUAAGGUGUCCCCGG